AUGGUGGGAAUGAUGCCAUAUGGCAUGUGCGGGGAGCAGGGAGCUGCCUCAUGUGUCCGUGUCCGUGUCCAUGUCUGUGUGCUUCGCCAAACUGGUCUGGUGGAUGCAGGUGAUAAAACUGCCCCAGGACACAAAGCCAACCUAUUUUAUGAAAUUCAGGCGGCAUAUGAGGAGGUUUGCGGUUCAUACAUUUCACUGCUUACGUGCAAUAUUGCGCAAGAUGCAGCUGUGCUGAUUGUUCUGUUGGUGCGAUGCAAACCAGGCGAGGAAAAUCGUACAGUAAAGCCAGGAGGUAGGCAACUGAAGCUGAAAGCUGCGAAAACAGAACCAAUUUUUAAGCCUGCGCCAAGAAAAAUGAAGAUUCUGGAAAACUUUUGA